CCUUCUUUCCUUUCUUCGAUCUCGGAUUUGACCUUCCUUACACUUUCAGGGUACCCCACCUUAUAAACCAUACCAGCGACACAGUUUCUGUAUCUCUCACUCUCCCUCCCAUCCCGGAACCAUCUUUUUCGACGAUAUCAUCUUCCCUUACAAUAAACACUAAGCAAGGUCCACCGCUUGACUAUCCAUCAUCAUGCCUAUUCGCAACCCUUUCACUCGUCGCCCUGGUAGCGUCGUCGUCCAAGAUGAGAACCAACGCCCUGACACCGCCCCGGGUUUCGAGAAAGUCGAUACUGUUGGCUCAAAAUCCAAACCCGUUUUGAGUAUUCGAAGUCAAGGUCACGACAAUGGCGAAUACAAGAUGAGUGUUGUCAACGACAGUGGCGUCUAUCUUCCCCCAUCCCCCACUGAAGAGAAAGGCCAGUGGCCCCGAAAGUACCUGUCAACUCGCAACUCGACAGAUACAAGGAGCAGCCUUGGCGAUAUUGAGCACUUCUCUAUCUCAAGGGAAUCAUUUGAUUCUUACCGUCGCUCAUUCGACAUCACUGCACGAUCGCCCAUUGCCAACAAUAACGACUUCCCUUCGCGCCAAAGUCUUGAUUCUGCUCGUUUCCCCCGCAUUCCCAGAUCUGCGGUCGAGCGAUCGUUUGAGCAACCCCCAACGGCCGAGGAGCGGUUUGAAGAUGUUGGACUAGAUGACCACAAGUACCAGCAAAAACAGCCAGCGCAGCAGGCACAGCCCCAGAAGCGUGGCUUUUUCUCCAAGUUCUCCGACUCUCGCGACAAGGACCCUUCUAGCAACCCCUCUGUUUCUCGAUUCCUCAUGCACGGUCGCAAGAGAGCUCAGAGUGGCCAAGGGUCAGAACUUACACCCAUGGACAAUGGCCCGCCCAAGGUCACUGUUUCGUCCGAAGGUCAAGAGAUGCAUUAAAAUGUAUCAAAUAUUGAGUUUUUACCCUUCUACGUUGUAUUAAAGAUACCUGGAGUUUUCGUUUUAUAUUACCGGCGUUAUCGGUUACAGGGGCCGGGAUGCUAGAAACGCAUUCGCUACGACACUAUGCUGGGUACACCUUGGUCGCAGAAUCGGCUCUGUAUUGGAUGGAUUGAUUAUACAGAGAAGGCCUGACUACGGACUGGGUAAUGAGCUGAGACGCUUGAAAUGAAUCAACAUGUGCUAGAGAGUCAUGUCUGUCGAAAGAAGACCAGAUGUGGGCUACAUAAUAGUAAUGAGAAGUCACGUGUUUCCAUGC